AUGAAAUCUCCAAUUCUACAGUUUCUGAAGGAUACAUUUGUUCCAGUGAAGGGAAAGACAGAGCUCACAACGAGAGUUCACGUGAGUGAGGAGGACUCAGAAGGGGGAACGAAGGCAAGUGCCGGCAAAGCAAAGGAGGACUCGGUGGAGAUUGACGAUACGGAUACAAGCACAAUGAUUGUAUCACAUCUAUCGCGGAGGCUCUCCAGAAGGCAGAUCGAGCUCAUUGCCAUCGGAGGCACGAUCGGGGUGGCGUUGUACGUGAACAUAGGCACGUCGUUGAUGAACGGAGGGGCUCUUUCGCUCCUCUUAGGGUUCGGGUUGUGGACCAUCCCGAUGGUGGAGAUAACGUCGUGUUGUGCCGAGAUGGUGUGUUAUUUGCCCCUCCCUGGUGCUCCAUUCUGCAUCUUCGCGGACCGGUUUGUGGACGAGGCACUCGGGGUGAUGUCAUCGUGGAAUUUCUGGGUUCUCCAGUGUGCGAUGAUCCCAUUUGAGCUCACGCUUUUCAACUCGCUCAUCCACUACUGGGCAGACAACUACAGCCCGGCGAUCUGCUUCAGCACGCAACUCGUUGCGUAUUUGGCGAUCAACGUGGCGGCAGUGCGGUGGUACGGCGAGGCGGAGUUCUGGCUCUGCAUGGGCAAAGUGGUGUUGGCCGUGAUGCUCAUGGUCUUCACCUUUGUAGUGAUGCUCGGCGGGAACCCGGUGCAUGACCGGUUCGGGUUCCGGAACUGGGUCUCGGGCUAUGAUACGGCCCCCAUGCUCGAGUACAUCUCCACCGGGCCGCUCGGCCGGUUCCAGGGCUUUCUUGCCUGCCUUAUUGCCGCAGCAUACAUGAUGGCCGGCCCGGAGUAUCUCAGCAUGGCUGCUGGCGAGACCAGGGACCCGCGUAGGGUGCUUCCGCCUGCUUUCAAGAGUGUUUUCCUUCGCUUGCUGGUUUUCUUCAUCGGCGGAACUCUCUGUGUCGGUAUUCUCUGCAAUGCCCGCGACCCGCUUCUUCUCAAUGCGAUUUCCAGUGGGAAGCCGGGUGCUGGAGCCUCCCCAUACACCAUUGCAAUGUACAAUUUGCACAUUGGUGUCUUCCCGCACGUCGUGAACGCGUUGCUCGUGACCUCGGCGUUCUCCGCGGGCAACUCGUACACGUUCUGCUCGUCCAGAACACUCUACGGGAUGGCGGUGCAACACCGGGCACCCGGGGUGUUCCGGCGGUGCAACAGGCAGGGCGUUCCGAUUCUCGCCGUGCUGGUUUCCUUGGUAUGGGGGGCCCUUGCGUUUCUCCAGCUAAGUGAAAGUGCCAGUACGGUUUUGAACUGGAUCAUCAACUUGAUCACUGCGUCCCAGCUCAUGAAUUACUGCAUUAUCCUUUUCACGUAUCUCCACUUCCGACGGGCCGUGCGGGCCCAGGGCUUGGACCGGGCCAAAUUCGGUUUCAAGGCCAUCUGGCAGCCUUACGCCUGCAUUUUCACGUUGUGCAUCGUACUCUGCAUGGUUGGUGUGCAGGGAUACACCGUUUUUCUCCCGGGUGGAGACUGGUGGUCCGUCCAGACGUUCUUGUUUUCUUACUUGAUGUGCUUCAUCGAUGCCGCUAUCUUCAUUGGCUGGAAGCUCGUCCGGAGAACAAGAUACCACCGGGAUCCCCGACAGGUCGAUUUGGUCUCCGGGUUGGACGAGAUCGAGCGGCACGAGCAGCUACUAAAGGAGGAGGCGGUGCUGGGAAGUUGA